AUGAAACCAAAUCAAUUAGAAAAUUUAGGAACUGAAUAAGAAAAUAGUAUAAAUUAUAUUUCAACCCAUAUUAUAGGCAAUCAAACAUUGCAUGGUUAAUCAGGCAGACAAUUACUUGAUAGCAGAUAGAAAUCAAAUUACUAAUUGAUAAAAAAAAUUAAAUAAAAUUAAAAAAACAAGAAGGAAACUAAGAAAGAAUUUAGAGCCUCGGAUUUAAUAGCAGGAAAAUAGUAUUUAAAUUAAAAUAAUUUAGAUAAUUUAUAGGUAAUUAUGGAAAAAAUUCUGAAAUUAAAUUAUCUCAUUAUGGCCCCUAUUAUGCAGGAAAACCACCAAAGAAUAAAAAAAACUUUGAUGAAAGUCCUUUUUUGAUGGAUUCUCAAAUAGAUGAUGAUAUUGAAGGAUUUAGCAAUAAAGCUUGGAAAAAAUAUCCCUUAGAAAUUUUGAUGAUAAUCUUAAGGUUUAUUAGUUUUAUAACAAAAUCAAACUUUGCCACAAGUUUUAGAUUGAUAAAUAGAAAUGUUUUUGAAAUUGUUGGGGAUAAAGCGGCUUACUUCAGAUAUUAUUUAUUUAAUGAUUAUUUCAAAUAUGAGGUAUUUAUUAAUUUUAUUUGAGAAACCAAGUCCUUAUGAGAAAAUGAAAUAUUAAUUAAAUCAGUAGGUAUUUGUACCUUUAAGAAAAAUGAAGGUUUAUAAUUUCUUAAGCAAAAAUAAAUUAAUUUUAAGACCUGAAUCGCUUACUUCAAUUGCUUGGAAUAUAUACAUAUUAACAAUUUUAAAUAUGAAUGUAUUAUAUGUAAGUGCAAGAGUUUCUUUUAAAUUUGAUACAAGCAAUUCAUUUGAUGAUAGCUUUUAACAAUUUAGAUAGAUUUUAUUCGAUGUUUUGCCUUCUUAUUCUUUUAUUUUGGAAAUACUAUUUAAAUUUAAUACUUGCUAUUAUUAUAAAGGAACAGUAAUAGAAAAUAGAUAUUAGAUUGCUAAAAACUAUUUUAGAACAUGUAAUUUAUUAAUUAGAUUAUAUAUAGCAUUUUUUUUUGAUGUUUUUGUUAUAAUUCCAUUUUUUUUGAGUUUAAGGUUUGAGGUUGAUUACUUGGACUUAGUUUUGAUUCUGAAAGUAUUUCAGAUAAAAAAAUUUAGUGGAAACUUAUUUGAUAGAUUAGAACUAUCAACAAAUUAAAUAGCUAUUUUUGAUUUAGUAAAAUUAGGAUAUACAAUUUUGGCAGUUGCUCAUUUUUGUGCUUGUCUUUGGUUUUUAGUUGGUUCUACUGGAAAUGAUUAAAUAUCAUGGGUUAUAGCAAAUAAUAUUUAAAAUGAGCCUUGGCAUACCUAAUAUUUAACUUCUUUUUAUUUUAGUAUAGUAACAAUGACAACAAUAGGAUAUGGAGAUAUAACUCCAUUAAAUUUAAGAGAGAGGAUUUUUACGAUUUGUAUGACAGUAGCAGCAGUAGGUAUUUUUGGAUAUUCUAUUGGUAAUAUAAAUAGUAUUUAUGCUGAAUGGAGUAGAAAAAGUUAUGAGUUUAGAUAAAAUAUGAAUGCUUUAAAAAAGUAUAUGAGAUUGAAAGGAUUAGAUAAACAUUUAGCAGAAAAAAUAAGAAAAUAUUUUGAGUAUGUAUGGUCAGAUGCAGAAGAGGAAAAUGAUAGAGAAGCUUUUAAAUUUGCUGAAUAAAUCCCUACUUAAUUAUUAGAAGAAAUGAAAAUAGAUAUCAAUAUGAAAGUAGUAAAAAGAAUAAAUUUUUUGACUGAAAAUUUUAGUGAAUAAUUUUUGAUUUAAUUAUCAAAAAAUUUAAUUGAAGAAAAAUACGCUCCUGAAUAAAUUAUAUACAAGGUAAUUUAUAAAUAUAUAUUGUUCUAGUAAAAUGAUUAAAGUGACUAUCUUUAUAUAUUAUAGAAGGGAGAAUUACAAUUUUAUAUAACUCUGAAAAAUAAAUAAGAAUCCUAAAAAUACUUAGAAUCAAUUUGUGGAGAGUCUUUACCAUUUGGAGUUUUGGAGUUUUUCUAGAAAUAAAACUAUUAAGUUUCAUGUAAGUCAACUUAAUUCACAUAUGUAUUGAAAAUACACAGAAAUCAAUUUGUAGAGUUAUUAUUAUAAAAUUCAAAAGAUUAUGUAAAAGUUUAAUUAUUUAGAUUAAGUUUACGUUUUGUGAAAUGAAAGAUUAAGUUACUUUCUUAAAUAAAUAAGAUAUAGUAGAUGUCACCUGUAGAGCAUGCAAUAAAACUACUCAUGUAAUUAAAGAAUGCCCUAUGGUUUGUGGGUAUCCAAAUAGAGCAAAAGUCUUAUUAAAUUAUAGAAGGAAUGUUCCUUCUGAUAGAAAGCAUUUUUAGAGAACUUUUAAUAGAAGAAUUGAUACACUUAUGGAAUCCCAUGAUAUAAAAAAUAGCAUAUUAUUAUUUAUAUGCAAAAAUAAAUUAAUAGAUGAUUUAUAAUAAGAUUCUCCUAGUAAAAUAUUAUUUUAUGAUAAGUAAGAAAGAAUUAAACUGAAUCUGAUAUUGAGAGUUUUGAGUCUUUAAAAAUAGGAUAUCAUUUAACUGUAUCAUAAUAAAUAGAAUCAAAAAGACCACUUUCCUUUUAAGGUUGUAAUGAUGCACUAUAGGAUGAUGAACUCGUAAUAUUUAUUAAAGUAUAUUUAGUAAUCAAAAAUUAAAGAUAUAGUGAAGUAUUUAAAAAAGAAAGAAUCUUUCUAUUCUUAUUAAGAGAGCAAAUCAUGCUUAAAAUAAGAGGAUAAAACUUAAAAUUUCAAUUUUUUAAUGAAAGGAUCUGAUUAAUCAAAUUAAUUAUUUCCAAAAUAAUUAUCUAGUUCAUCUGAAUAAGCUUAUCAAGAUUCUAAUAAAAGAGGAUCAAAAACUUAAUUAUCAAAAUAUAAAAAUUUAAUAGAUGUAAUCAUAGAAGGAGCUAUGUUAAAUUCACCAAUUAAGAUGUUAGUGUAAGAAUAAAAUGAAUAAGAAGAUGAACCUGGUAAAAUUAGAGGAUAAUUUAUUGAUCUAUUUGAAGGCUUUGAAUAAUUUAAAAACUUCGACAAUUAUUUAAAGCAUAAUAAUCUUGGAUCUAUUAUUAAAUUACGAGAACGCAAGAAAAGUAGAAGAUAAUGA